UCCCAGGGACCGGCAUCUCUUCCGGUAGAUGAGGUCAACUUUUCCCGAGAUCCGCCAUUUCAUUCCUGGAGUUCCUGUGUUACAUUUACUUCUCAUCAGUGGGGGUGACUUUUUUGAGCUUCAGCUUAGCGGAUAAACAAUCCAGUUCGUAAAGCAGCAGGUCAGCCCCCCACUGCCUUCACGUUGAUACUGAAAAAGCCGGUGGUGAGGUUUUGGUGGGGGUUUCCCGCCCUCUUCUCCCGCGCUGCUACAGUCCACCAAAGUUUUCUUGUAUGAGUUUCGGAUAGCGGGGGGCCUCAAGCCUCGGGCAAAACGACUUCAGCACAACCAUGGCCGGGAACUUUAACGCCGAGGACCGAGCUAGCUGGUACUGGGGCCGGCUGAGCCGCCAGGAGGCGGUGUCCCUGCUGCAGGGGCAGCGACACGGCGUGUUCCUGGUGCGGGACUCCAUCACCAGCCCCGGGGACUACGUGCUGUCCGUGUCCGAGAACUCCAAGGUGUCGCACUACAUCAUCAACAGGACCGUCAACCACCGGCUGUCCGGCCCAGGUUCGGCUCCUCCCCAGUUCCAGAUCGGCGAUCAGGAGUUUGAGGCGCUACCAGCCUUGCUGGAGUUUUAUAAGAUCCACUAUCUGGACACCACGACGCUCAUCGAGCCCGUGAACAAGGCCAAGCAGACGGGCUUUGUCAGCCCGUCCUCGGCCGGGGUCCCCCAGCAGCUCGAGGAGGGUUGCUUUGUGCGGGGACUCUUCGACUUCCCCGGUAACGACGAUGAGGACCUCCCCUUCCGUAAGGGGGACGUCCUUCGUGUGCUGGAGAAGCCAGAGGAGCAGUGGUGGAAAGCAGCCAACCAGGAGGGCCGAGUCGGGAUGAUCCCUGUGCCCUACGUGGAGAAGUACCGGCCCGCCUCCCCCACGGCCGGCGGUCUGGGCUCCCCAGGAGUGGGGGCCGGACAGGGAGGGCUCGCUGGAGGGGUAGGGGGCGGCGCCGAUGGAGCAGGCGUUCUUCAGAGCAGCCCUCCUGGUGAUCCGGGCCAGUAUGCUCAACCAGUGGUCAGCACUCAGCUCCCCAACCUUCAGAACGGACCCGUCUACGCGCGAGCCAUUCAGAAGAGGGUCCCCAACGCCUACGACAAGACGGCGCUCGCGCUGGAGGUGGGGGACAUGGUAAAAGUGACCAAGAUCAACGUGAACGGCCAGUGGGAGGGCGAGUGUAAAGGAAAACGCGGCCACUUUCCCUUCACCCACGUUCGGCUGUUGGAACAGCACAAUCCUGACGACGAGAGCUGAGAAACGCUCGCUCCCGUCGCCUCCAGUCUGCCCUGGCUGCUUUUCCAAGCUCGGAAAGAUCUCUCCAAGUACAUGAUGUGUGAACCGAUGAGCUGAACUGGUCGGUCUCUGCUGACGCUGUCGGCGCAGGACGAGCUGGCUGAUCUCGCCUGGUGUCUGAGUUUACACUAAGGUCAGACUGGGGUCGGUUUGCCUACAUUUAUAUUUUUUCAAUUCUAAGUCAUCCUUACCAACCGUGUCUGCUGGCUUGUUCAAAGUCAUGUCUGAAGCCGCUUUAAAAAGAAAAAAAAACAAAACAGUCGGACACCAUAACAUGCCUUUUUUGCUUUUGGUGAGGGUUUUUUAUAUUUAUUAAUGAUGUACAAAUAAUUUCCAGGCUGUCUUUACUCACUCGAUCCAAGAAAGAACAGGAUGGCAAAUUACUGUGAUUAUUUUUGAUGUACCGUAGGACAGUGUUUGUGGAGCAGAUUUAGGGACGACGAUGCACAUUUUUCUGUGCUUUUUUUUUUUUUUUUUUUUUUUUCCUUCUUUUGAUCUUAACAUUCAGUCCAGGUCAGAUAAAUUCUGGUGCAUUCACCUGGACAAAACAGGGGGACAGAAACUGCUUAAAAGGGUGGAUUGUGGUCGGAUUCUGGUUCAGGUCUGGCGCAGUCGUGUGUAGAUCACUUUUACAUAGAUGUUUUCUCAAUGACCCGUCAGAAUAAUCUCUCCAGAUCGAGCUUUAGGAGUACAACAGCUGGUGACCAGACCCGUCACAGCCAUUUCCACCGGUACAGAGUGUACCGAACCUCAACUUCUCAAAGGGGGGUGGGCUUUAUGUAGCAACCCGUACAAGAGCCACCAUACAAGACAAACAAGACGGCUGCAGAACCGUCCUCUCUGUAAAGCCGAUGUGCCAAGGGAUGAUGAGAAUCAGUUCUACAAGGACCAGAACUUGGACUUCUGUCGGUUUUAGCUCCACAGAAAAACACUGGAAGGUCCUGACCCCUCAUCUGAUUUAUGGAGUUUACCCCCCCCCCCCCCCCAAAGAAACAUUUCAAACUUUGUCUAGUGUGUUUGCAAUAACAAUUCCAGGCAUUAUGAGUGGAUGGACAGUGGAGUUGAUUUAUUACAAUUUAACCAUGUUACCAACCAUAUCUAUUUUGUACAUAUCUCUCCAUAGCGUAUUUAACUCAUCUGAAUGCUUUGGACAACACGUAGUCUUUUUGUGUCCAAAGUUGGUCUGAAACAUUACUCUGACCAUUUCCAUAGAACUUUGUACAACAGUAGCUAAGGGGGCGGGGCUUAACCGGCAUUCAUUCCCUACUGCAGCCAUCCAUGGAUGUCUUGUUGAUACCAGUCUGGUUGUCAUUCUGGUGACAUCACAUGCUUAGUUUCUUGUGUUAGUUUCUAUUUAUCCAGUGGUGUCCACAGAGGAUUUCCUCUCCAUCUCCAAAGAACCAGACCGGUUCUUUGUUCCUUUGAGGAAAAGUGUUGAAAUGGCUGGUCGGGCUGCAUGAUAACGCCUUCCUUCAGGGGGAUCAGAGGGUUUUGAUGCGCUUCACUCAGUUCACCCCCCACUGAGGAAGAAACUACACGCAAAUGUGUUCAAACCAAAUUAGAUGGAAAAGUGACUGAAAGACAUUUAACAUUUGUCACACCUUUUGGUUUUAGACAUUUCUAAUGGAUUGUUCUUGGCAUUUAUAAGUCAAAUGCUAAGUUUAGAUGCACCAGGCGUCCGCCUGCUCUUCCAUUCUUCUGGUAUUUUUGUAUUUUCACCUGAAGGAAUCAUUUGCACCUAGAAAAAAAACAAGCAUCUUGUAUCGGUGGGGUUUCUUACAGAAAGACUGAAAUUCUGAGCAAAAUGAUCAAACACUUGCAGAGAACAGCUCUCGUCCUGAGCUUCACAACUUCACACGCUUAUUGCAUCCUACACUACAGACCAAAUCCUCUUUUCUUUUGUACGAAAAGGGGAAAUAGUGGUUUAGCUAUAGACAUCUCUCAUGCCAAAUACUGUUUUUCUUUUUUGUUCACUGAUUGUUAGUGAUGCACCGAAAUGAAAAUUUGUGGCCGAAACUGAACAUAAUAAUAAACACUUGGCCGAAUACCGAAUAAUACCGAACAAUGAUUCUUCGCAGUUUUUCAUUUAUUUUGCCAAUUUUUGGAAAACAAAUUUGAGAA